AUGGCUUCUAAACAUAUGCCCGAUGUUAUUCCAAUUCCAUUGCCGGAUGACGUAUUAGUUGAAAUCGUUUCAAAAUCAAGAGAUUGGGCUUUAAUGCAUGGAGCAGCAAUGAGAUCCAAAUCGAGUUUUUCAGAAGAUUCUGUUACUUUUGCACCUUUUGUAUUGUUACCUUCUUCAUUUCCAAAAAAGGAAUUUGAAGAAGCUGUCGAUAUUCAGGUCAUUCUAAAUGAACUUGUACAUAAAGUCGCCCACGAUAGACAUUUUUUAACAACAUGUCUUCGGGAUACAAUUCAGGUCGAUGAUUUUACAGCAAAGUUGUUUAAGAUAUAUGAAACUAUACAGAAUGAAGGCAUUUCACAGGAGCAUAUGUGGAGCAAAUGGGAGCUAGCGCAAGCGCUUAAGGUGAACAGUUUACCCUCUUGUUCAGGAGCGCUGAAGAGCUUUGGGUGUGAAAGAAAAACGUACUGCUUGCGCCGCAGCACGCCGCCCGAAUACGUUGCCCGCCGGGAGCCCGCUAGGAGGGGGUCGCAACUUCUCAGUCCUCCCGGCAAAACCAACAUAAAUACAACUUGCUAA